GACGUUGUGUAAUGAGUACCGUACCUAGAAACAAGUUAAGGUGUUGCCCGCAUUUCAAAACUGCUCUUCUCGUGCGCGUACUCUUGCUCUGUCCAACUCCAUUAUACGUACUAGAAAACUGAGGUCUUUUAGUAACAUUUGCAGCUGCACCCAGAGGGGGAGAGCGUGUAGGCCUUCCUUCUCGAGGAGGCGAGGAGCAGGAAGAAGCCUCGCCGAUUGGGAGGAUCAACUCGUCCACAAGGCGGGAACAUGGGUGAUCAUCACAACAUGGGGAAUGUGGAGCAACACUUGGGAAAUACAGCGCCAACAACCUUGUUGCAUUACCAGUUGAGUGAUAUGUGGAGGAGUCCUAGGGGAACAGUGCUUCGUAUCGAGGGAUUAGCACUGGUGGCAAUCGCUUGCUCCUUCUUCCUUGCUGCCUUUGGGUCUUGUCGCCGUUGGUCCAAUCGUUGGAUUAUCCAAAAGGGUUUCUUGGUUGCACAAGUACUAUCUUUGUCCCUUGGGACUUACAGCAUUGGCCUAAUGCAGUCUUCGUCGGUGAAGAGCGAGAUGUAUCCUAUAUGGGCUGUGUCCUUAUUCACACUAUUGGGCUGCGUGGACCCAGUCACCACCUACAUCGGCCUUGAAUACAAGGGUCCACUCUUCAAGAUGACAUUUCAGCUUUGCCUCUAUUGUGGAUAUGUCCUGCUGAUGAGUGUCUCAACCAUCUCCCGUGGUGUUGGUAAAUUAGCCAUUGAUGUGUUGUCUGCUAUCACCUUCAUCAAGGGCAUUCAUAUGUCAUUGGCGCUUGUCCAGCCAAGCAGAACGAGGGACCAAUUAGCAGAGUUUGUUUAUAGUAGAGAACCCGGGGCUUUAGCUGCACGUAAUAAGGGUUUGGGGCUUGAAGUCCAUUUACCGUUUCCCCGUGUAGAGAUAAAAGAGGGCCAUAUUAAAAAGUCACGUAUUAAAACUAGCAUGGAUGACGUGCGUUUCAGCUGCAAGCAAAUGGUGUUUACGCUACAGUUGGAAGAUGGCACUGCCAAUAACAUUGAAGAUGUGUGCCUUGGCUACUCUCUGUCUCAUUUGUUACAACGGCAUUUCCUUGGGUUGGACACCUCUAGGGAAAUGGAGUCCAAAAUUGAGGAAUUUGAAAGGAUUACAUUGGGGGCUAUUGACUAUAAGAGGACCUUGAAGGCGAUUGAGGUUGAGUUGGCUUUUCUGUAUGAGAUCUUUUACACCAGCAAUGGGUUUCUUCACUACGACGAAGCAAAAACGUCAAGCUUCUGGGCAUUCGCUUCAUUCAUUGGGAUAUGUUUUGUUGGGGUAGCGACUGCCAUUCCUGGGGCAAUGUCCAGCCACCACAGUAUUACAGGCUCUAAUAAUAGUCCUGGUGCUAGCACUAUCGUUGUUAACACCACAACAGCUGACCUGAUCAUUACUCUUGUCAUAUUGGUGUCUCUGGCUCUGCUGCAAUUGGUGCGGCUGAUACGGUGCUGGACGUCAAAUUGGGCACGAGUCGCCUUUGCCUGUGAAUAUGCCAGGAGAUACUACAAUCAACUGUUGAGGCAAGCAGCAGCAGCCGCGGAUCCAGAAGUCUUUGAGCAAAUAAACUCCAACUAUAAAGAGAAGCAAAUCAGCUGGUGGAUGGGAUUGAAAAAGUUUGCCGCACAAAGAAGUGAGCAAAUCAGGUCCAACUCUAUAGAUAAGCAACUCAAUUGGUGGGUGAGAUUGAAAGCGUUUGUGGUUACCAGGAUGAAUUGGUUUGACAAGUACCUCUGGCAAGAUAAGCUCGGGCAGUAUUCGCUAGUUGAUGAGGCGGCAAGGAGGAUGAGGGAAACAUGGUACCUUUCUGCUGGAAAUGUCAUCCUCACAACUUGUCUGGGAGGUGAAGUAGGCACUAAACGAUGGCGCUGCGCUAUCUUAGUAAUUGAAGCUCUUGCAGUGCCAGUAUACUGGACAUGCCAUCGCUUUUCUAGGAUGCUUGGAUUGCAGUACAUUGGACGGGUGCUCCGGGAAUUGUUGGCCCAUGAUACCAACACAGCCGUCAUGCUGCACAGUGAUGUGAAGGCAUCCAUCGCCGAUUUCCUGGGCAAGAUCAAGAGCAGAAGAAUAGGGGUGGAGUGGUCAUCCUUGUUUGUGGACAAUGGACUAGCAGACAUGUUAUCCUACCUUCCCUAUACCACUGUCCCUCUCAAGUGGGACGUUAAGUUGAAGGAUACCAAGUCGGACGCCUACGCAUUCUCGCACCGUGUCAUGAUUUGGCACGUCGCGACUCGCUACUGCGAGAUAGCAGAAGCACGGGAAGGAAGCGCAGGAGGACGGUGAGAGCAGAGAGAGGAAUCGGCGCGUGGCCAUGGCCUUGUCCAGGUAUUGCGCCUACCUUGUGGUGUCUGCGCCAGAGUUGCUCCCUGGGCCAUCCAUGGAAACAAAGCGUGCACACAAGGCAGCUGCCCACUCCGCGCACAGAUCUGUCAAGUGGGGAAGAAGAUCCACGACGCUACUGGAGGAAGUGGAGGCGAU